GCGAUGUUUUUGAGAUAUUGAUACAAGAUUAUAAUUGGAUUUUAUUUGAUUUUAUUGAUUUCACUGACAUUGGACACAUCCAAGAUCUAAACGAGCAGGAAGUGCGAUUCUAUGUGCGUGCACAGAAAUUUAGCGAAUGAUAUGCACCACUAGAUCACGGGAAUAAUGCCGAAGUGAACCGGUUCGCGGCGCGAGUGUGUUUUGUUGUUAUCGUCGUGCCAAUUAAUAUGCAUGUUUAAUUAAGGGCCUUAGAUUUGAAUUGUUUUAAAUAAUGAGCGACACAUCUGACAAUAAGGAAGUUGCGGACGCAACGAAUUGGAAGCGGAAGGACUACCUGCGUUGGGACGACUACUUCAUGGCCACGUCCCUGCUCUCGGCCCAGCGCAGCAAAGACCCUGUCACCCAGGUGGGCGCCUGCAUAGUUGACCAGCAGAAGCGCAUCGUUGCCAUUGGUUACAAUGGAUUCCCGCGAAACUGCAGUGAUGAUGAGUUCCCCUGGUUGAAGUUGGGCCAGAGCAGUUCUGACGAUUCCCUAGAGGACAAGAAGCUGUAUGUGGUCCAUGCCGAGGCCAACGCCAUACUCAACUGCAAUGGCGCCAGUCUGGUUGGUACGAGCCUCUACUCCACGCUCUUUCCGUGCAACGAGUGCGCCAAGCUCAUUAUACAGUCGGGCAUCCAGCAAGUGUUUUACAUGUCGGACAAGUAUGCUUAUAAGCAAAAAUACCGCGCAUCCAGGCGCAUGUUCGACGCCGUUGGCGUGGUCUGUACCCGGCACGUGCCCGCCCAGAAGCAGAUAGUCAUUGACUUUGACGCCUUCCUCGAGGACGACAGAUGAAACGCUCAUUCAAACGACGAGACUAAGUUUAUGUGAAUUGCAUGUAAUUUGUUGAUGUAUAAUUUUUUAUAAGUAAUUGGUCUUAUUUUAAUUAGUGUGAAUUUUUCAAAUAGAACUGUAGUCAAAUGCGUACUG